UACCACUACCACUCGUUUGGAUAAUAGGCAUUGAACUAAAAUAAGCGAGUAGUCCUUCACAAAAGGAUACAAAAUGCCGGCCUUGCCACACUACUUGUACGCAUGCAAAUACGCUUGCUUCAACCGGAAAUGCGUGAAACAAUUCUCCGGCAGCCGGAAAGCCGCUUUGCAAGUGGUAUCAAUCAGGGCAGAGAGGUCUCCGGCGGAGCAGUUUGCACCGCUGGCAUCCAGGUUCGGGCGGCGGCUCCUAGUUGGUUUGGGGUCAGCUUCUGUGGUUGCUCUUGGUGCUAACUUUGUAGGGAUUACGAGUUUCCUUCUUGGGUUGUCGCCAGAAAGUAGUAGGAAUCUGAAGCUGGAUGUGCUAUAUCCCAUAGGAGGGUACAGUAGGUGCAUUGACACAAAUGAAGGAUUUGAGUUCAUAUACCCAGUAAAUUGGGUUGGUGAUCAGACAUUGUUGUAUAGAGCAGCUGAGAAAAGAGAGUUUGAAAGAUCACUUGAUCCCCCUCCUUUGAACAUUAAUAGCAAAUCCGGUGAUGGAAUUGGACGGCGUCGAAAUGUCAAUGAACCUGUUGUUGCAUUUGGACCGCCUGGCACAAGUGGCGAGCUCAAUGUUAGUGUCAUUGUCUCACCAGUAUCUCUUGAUUUCAAAAUUGAAGCAUUUGGAGGACCAAAAGAAGUGGGAGAAGCUGUGGUUCGGACGAUUACAGGAGCUGGCAAACGCCCCGAUGUGAAGGGAACUUUGGUAAAAUCAAAUUUGAGAGAGGACAGCUUAAGAAAUGUGAAAUACUAUGAGCUUGAAUUCAGAGUUGAGAGCCCUUUGUUUCAUCGUCAUAACAUUGCUGUCUGUUGCGUUCGUGGUGGACGGUUAUUCACUCUGAAUGCUCAGGCACCGGAAUCGAAAUGGCCAGAAGUGAAGUCUGAUUUCCAAACGAUUGCUGAAUCAUUUAGUCUCAGCCCUUGAUAUGAAGAGAGAAAGCAUUAGUACUUUGGUCAUUCAAAUUUGAGUUCGUGUGAUCUCUUGGAUA